GCGUCCGCCCCGCCCGGGCUGCGGCGGCGGCGGCGGCUCCGCUCCAGCCCCGCAGCCGGCGGCAACAUGUGGCUCCUGGAGCGGCUGCGCGGCGUGGCCGAGAACGGGUCCCGGGGCGCGGGGCCGGACGAUUCCCCCCGCGGGUCCCGCUACAGCAACGUCCUCACCCCCGACAAGAUCCCCGACUUCUUCAUCCCGCCCAAGCUGAGCGCGGCGCCCGCCGAGGCCGAGGGCUCCGAGCCCCCCGCGACACCCACCCUGGGCCCCUCGGCCUCGGAGCAGGACCUGGCCGGGCGCAAGCCCCCCCGCAGCCCCCGGGCCUCCAGCCGUCCCCGCGCCCGCGCCGCCGGCCGCCACAUCAUCCAGAUCGAGAGCGCCGAGGACUGGGCGGCCGAGGGGGGCUUCGGCACCAACGUGGACCCGCAGGCGCAGACGGCCAUGUCGCUGCCCUACGUCCCCAAGGCACAGACCUCGUACGGCUUCGCCACGCUGGUGGAGAGUCCCCACACGCGGCGCAAGGAGUCCCUGUUCCACAGCGAGCACAGCAGCCUCUGCCCCUCGCCCGCCACCUCGCCCAGUGCCCAGCGCAGAGCCAAGCUCAAUGGGGAGAGCGGCCCCCGGGCACCCGCAGACCUGGGCGCAGCCCUCAUGCACCCCGGGCGCUACUUCAGCGGCGGCGAGAGCGACACGUGCUCCUCGGCCGAGUCGUCGCCCUUCGGCUCCCCGCUGCUGUCCCGCUCCGUGUCCCUGCUGAAGAUCUUCAGCCAGGAGAGCCAGUCCAAGGUGAUCAAGCUGAAGCACUCGGUGGCCCGCAACAGCUCCUUGUCCACCGACGACAGCUCGGCCGACACCAGCCCCAGCGCCCAGCGCCGCUCCCGCAGCGCCCCGGCCGGGACGCAGCCUCCAACCACGCUGCUGCCGCUGGAUGCGCCGCGGGGCCGGGAGCGGGAGCAGAGCCUGAGGCUGAGCCGUGGUGGGAGCCUGCGCCUGGCCGCUGAGUACGACCCCUCCAACGCCCGCCUGCGUGUGCGGCUCGUCUCCGCCGAGGACCUCUACGAUGCUCUGGUCGACCUGCGCAGCAUCAACUGCUGCGUCUCGCUGUGCCUCAACCCCGGGAAGCUGCAGAAGCAGCGCAGCACCAUCAUCAAGAACAGCCGCAACCCCGUCUUCAACGAGGACUUCUUCUUUGACGGGCUGGGCCUCGGGCACGCCAGGAAGAUGUCCCUGAAGCUCAAGGUGGUCAACAAGGGCAGCAGCCUUAAGCGGGACACGCUGCUGGGGGAGAAGGAGCUGCCGCUCACCACCCUCCUGGCCUUGUAGGUGCUUGCUGCAGCCCCAGAGGGAGCCUGAGGGGGGCCGGCCGUGACCCCCUGCCCUGCUGGAGGAGGGUUUGUUGUGUGGGGGUCCCCAGGGGGAUGGUGGCACUGCCAGGGGCUCUGCCAGCUACAUCCCUCCUUCAGCAGCGCAGGCAGAGCCCCUGCUCCCUCCCUGCUCCCUCCUGGAGUCCCGCUAUGAGCAGGGAGCCACCAUCCUGUCUCCACCAGGAAGGAUGGAAGUCACCUCCCAGGCUCUGCCCUCCCCGGUGCCCGCGGUCUGCAGCCGGCCAGCACGAUGCUUGGAGGUGGGUAGGUCUCUGUAGCAUACGACCACCUCUCCCAAAGCCCCAGCUCCUGCAGUCAGGCGAUAACAUCGAUCUCAGCUUUAAUUUAAGACAAGUUUCUAGUCUUGGGAAGCGCAGAGGUGACCCAAGGAAGGGCUGAGGGAGGGAUGAGUCUGGUUUGGGGCUUCUGAGCCUUUCCUGGGCUCUUUCCCAGCCCUGUGGGCCUGCAGAUGUGCGAGUGGCCUUGGUCUGACACCCUCAGCCUCCCAGGACACGCUCCCCGUGUCCCGUCCCCCCCAGCAGCAUCCGCUGCUGCUGAUCCCUGCGGGAAGCUGCUCACAGAGCUUUAGGGUCUGCCCAAAUCCAGGAGUGGCCGGAUUCUGCUUGUGCCCAUCCCUACCUGCAGGAGGGUGAUGCGAGGCACUGGCACCGCCAGGAGGGUACCACUGGGGCUGGAUGAUGCUUCCCCACCCUCUGCCCUCCCUCGCCUGUGGGGCUCAGGGGUGUCAGCACCCACUGGGCAGGAGGGAUGUGUCCUAUGGGCCCACAAAGCUGCUGUGUCCGGCGGGACCUGCAGGGCUCUGCAGUAUCCCUUUGGUCCCCACCAAAUGCUCCCAUCCUUUCCCAUCCCAGCUGGAGGCACCGGGAGCCUUGUUGUUGCUUGGUGUGGUGUUCCCUGGCCUCGGGCUCUGCAUGUCCCUAUGGAAGGGAGCAGGAUUCGCAGUGCUCCCAUCCCUGCCUGUUGCAGCACGCGUGGACACCCGCACACACGUGUCCCUCUGUGUUAACCUCUGUCGGUGGCAGUUGAUGUUCCUUCCUUGUCCUUUGCAGCAGAUGGCACGUUUCAGUGUUGGCUAUUUAUAUCCCAGGCUGAUCUUUCCCUGUCUGUAAAUAUGUUCCAGGUACGCGAGGCAUGGUUCUGGUAGCGCCGUGUUUGCAUGUCGGGGAGGGGGUGGAGGGGGGGGAAUAUUUGGGGUGAUCGUGGCUGUUUGUUGAGCUUGUGGCUGAAAACAACCCGUGCAGGAGGGAAGGAGCAGACACCUUCCUCCUCCGUGGGGAAGCUCCCACCUGAGGCUUCCCACCGUAGCCCAGGAGCCAACAUGGGGAUAUCCCUGACCCCCGAGUGCCGUGGGGGUUCUGGGGCAAGAAGGGGACCCUGCUGCUGCCGACAGCCCAGUGCAUGUCCCAUCGGGGUGCUGUGGUCCCCGGGGCCCCUGCGCCUGCGAAAGGCCCAGGGGAAGGGGAACAGGAGCUGCGCAAAGACUUUGGUGCUCUAUGAGAGGGUUUGGGGGUGACGUGUCCCCCCCAGCAGAGCCUUUGGCUUUGGGGAAGGGGGACGCUGACAGCAGGGUCCUGGGAUGCUCCUUAGUUGGGGCUGGCCCUGGGGGAGACACAAGGGCCUGGGGGGGCUUGUGCUGUUGUCCCUCUGCCCCCCCCAGACUCGAGUGGCCAUCGCUGAGCCCUGGGCUGUGCUGCUGCGGUGUGGGAGCUGGGGCUGCGGCCUGGCUGGGUUAUUUCCUCCCUUGUAGCUCUUUUCUACUGUUCUUGCUUUGAUAUUUCUGUGGCUGGAUUUAAUGAUGCAUUUUUGGAGUGGAAAACAAAAAUAUAUCUAUAUUAAUAUACCUGGGUGGAAUGGUUCUUUACAGGUGACUCCCCCUUUUUAGUGCAAUAAAGUCAUUUCUAAAAC